AUGUUCGCCGCCGCGCAGAUCGAUAUCAAGAACAUCAUUGCGAUCCACCCGCACGACCAAAAAGGUUGGAUGGUGGAGUGCACCUCCCCAGAGGCAGCCCUCGCUGCAGCUGGCAAAAGCUUUACCUUGCGGGAAUACACGGUCUGGGCGAACAUCUAUGUGUCGUCCGGUGCGAGUUUGUACAAGGCGGACACCACGAAGUCGAACCUAGGCAUGGGCGAACUGGCGAAGAACGUCGCGUCCAACCCUGUCGUGAAGGCGAGGAAGGCGUCCUUUUGGACUGGGAGCGAAGAACGUCGAGGAACAGGGGCAGGGGUGGUCCCGAUACUGUUUCAACAGCCACCAGAGCUACUCGCUUCGACGUGCCGCUUGGAAAACCCAGGGCCAUAA